AUGUUAUUCCGUCGAUUCUAAUUAGCUUCAUUAUUCUAGAGUGCAUACGCCACCUGGUACUAAGUAUCUCGUAACCAAGCCUAUCGAUAUCAAAGAUGAAGUUUUAUUAUUAGAACCUGAUUCCUUAAAAAUGUUGGGAGGAAAUGUGCAAGAACUGGUGCAGGCCUGGAAAGCUGGAAAGGUGAGAAAGAGAACAAAAAAGAACCUGGGCUUUUGGAAACAAAUGACUGAGUCCUUUUGAUGUUUCUUCUUCGAAUAGAAUUCUUCAAAAAGGAACAGAACAAGAAAGUCAAAAAAGCCAGAAGAUGGUUCUAUUGGAACGGAACCAUCAGAUCUGAAUGGCCCUCCAACACUUAAAAUUAAGGUUAGUAAAAAAGUAAAACAAGAAGCUACUGAUACUGAAAAGAGAUCUAAUAUGUUCUUUGAACAGGCUAAUCCAAGCAGAGGGAAUGAAAAAACAAAUAAGCUGGAUGUAGCAAAAAAUAAAGAAAUGGCAAAGCCGAAAGUAAAUAGAAAAAAGACAAAGAAUGAAGACAAUAGAAAGAUGAAUGGUGAAAUUACCACUACGCCUGCUACAGCAGUAGAUUGUAAUCCCGAUAAUGCAGAAACGAUCGAUAAACCAUCAAUAACAGUUGAUGGAAACAAAAAUGAAAUGGAUAAAGACAAAAGUGAAAAAAGACCUGAAAUGAAAAAGACGGCAGAAGAGCAACAGCAGGAAAAUAGUGCUGAUAAUGUAAAAACAGUGAAGAGCAGCACUCAAAAAGUUAAAAGAAAGACAAAGACGACAGAUGCAGUUAAGAAGGUAAAUGCGUCAUUAGCAGUAGCCGUCGAACCACCGAAAGUUAGCAAGAGUGAAAACAUCGAAGAAAACCCUGACCAGAAAAAUGAUCAAUCUGUCACCGAGAAUGUUGCUCUUGAAGCUGAUACUGUCACUAAAGAUGAAACUAUUGUUGUAGAGCAGAACAAUCAAAAGAAGACGGUGGCAGUUGCUGAGAAUAAUAAAACUGAAGCAAAGAGUAAAGAAGAGAAUGACGGAUCAAAGCCAAAGAAAGCUAAGAGAAGAAGCCGUAAAGAAAAAACUGAUAGCAGCAAACGCAACAAGGAAGCUAGUACAGAUGAUAAUAAACAAUCGCGUAGUGAUGCAAAAGACCAGCAAUUACAACAGCCAUCGUCCGACAAAUCAGAUGAUGAUUUCGAUAUUAAUCAAAUCAUCAACAGCAGAAGAAACAAAAAGAAGCCUCAAACGAGGGAAGUGAAAAAGAAGUAUUCCCCAAUAAGUCGUAUUAGCCCAGUGACAACGACAGGACUGAAGGAAACUGACCUUACUGCAAUUGAAGGAAAAGCAGUGUCGGGUAAGAAAGAAAUCAACACUGCACUCGCUUCAGAUAUUCCAUCAAAAAAACGAAAAUCAAAGAGUAAAAAUAAGACACGCCCCAUUAUCGAAAAGCCAGAUGAGGCAAAUACACUUCCUACACAUGCUGAAGAGAAGAUUCUAGAGACCAGUGAUAAAUCCUCAGUGGUUGCAAACGAUGAAGCACUUAAUCCCGAAUUAACUAAUAACUCCGCUUCAUCAUCAGCGGCUGGGAAGGCAACGAAAAAAGCCAGCAAUAAACCUUCUAGAAAUCUUCAAAUAAGAGAAAAGAAACCAUCAUCCAUAAAGAACAGAAAAGCUGUGGAUGAAGAGAAACCGGAGAAGGAAGCACAAAAGCUAGAGAAUAAAGAUGCAAAAGUGUUUACUGAAGAUACCUUCGAUAAAAACGAAGUGAUGGAAGCCUUAGCAGACAGCAAGCAACUUUUUAUUGAUAGACCGUCACCUCGUUUCCAACAAAGAUAUGAAAAAAGUAAUAGAUAUAAUAACUACACCAGUAAUCCAAGAAGAGGGGGGUUCAAUAACAGUAGAAGGCCUCCCAGGAAUUUCGAGUCUCCAUCACGAAAAAAUGAUAAGCUAGCGCCUAAAUCAGAACAAUCCAAGAACGAAGGCAAUGGUUUAGAAGAAUCUGGACAGAAGGCAGAAGGCGACGAAACAACAGAUGUUGAUGCAGUUAAAAGCCAGAAGCCUCAAAAUGAAAAACUCAGGGACGAAAGGAAUUUCCCUGUACGUCCAAAAAGAAAGACAAAAAACCAGCGCGAACUGAAAAUAUCAACGACGUAUAAAUCCAAGACUUUACCCUCUGUCAGAUUAUCAACCUCUUCACCUGUUCCUAGUUCAACAGGAAGAAUGGGGGAUGAAGCCAAUGGUUCCGAGCAAAUGAAGGAAGAGAAGCUUGAUGAGAGAAAAGGAGAUCAACAGCCUCCUAUGGAAACCUCAACAUCAGAACCCUCUUCUCUGAGUAGAGCCCCAACUAAUGUGAAUAAUGAAGUGCAGCAACCAGAAACACAGUCAUCAGAAAAGCCUGAGGCAGCUAGUGACAAACCUAAAUCUGAGCCUGAGGUUCAUGAUAAAAGUAGCAGUGCUCCUGCACUGUCAUAUAAUGAUCAACCUCUGCCUUACCAUCCUGCUGCACCACAUGCACAGCAACAACAACCAUCUGCGCCCUAUUAUUCGCAACAGCAACAACAUGAUUAUUAUUAUUCCCAACAACAACCGGCUCCUCCUCAGCCUCAGCAUCAUUCACUGACUUCAGUAUAUCCUCCGCAUCCAGCUAUCGUAGAUUACAAUAUGAUGAUCCCAAUUGAUCCUACUACAGGUAUGCCAGCAACUACUCCUACUCCAACGGCUAUCUAUAACUAUGAUCCACAUACUACGUAUCAAAUGCAAAUAGCAGCAGCAGCAGCAGCACAGCAGCCUUAUAUUCCGACUGUAUACUACCUUUCACCUGAACAACAGUCUUAUUACAAUAUGCAGCCACAUUAUACUCAACUAUAUGAUCAAGAACAUUACAAUAAUACUACACCUUAUUAUCAACAAUAUCAACAACCAGUAUAUCCAUAUAAUCCUAAUCAUGGCUAUAGAAAUAAUAGAGGAGGAAGAAACAGCAGUAAUGCCAAUAAUGGUGUCAUGACAAAUAGUAGCAGUAACAAUAGUAAUUCAAGCAUAAAUAAUACGAAUACUAGUAACAGAAAUACUAAAGGAAAUACUAAGCAAUGAGUAUACUUUGUUUUAUUUAUAAUACUACACUUCACUUGUACACAACCAUAUUUUCUAUAUGUAGACUUAACUUUUUCAGAGAGAAAAAGAUAUCCCGCAUAAAUAUACUACUGUCUUUUAAAAAAACAUUAUGUUU